UCAUAUUAUCCGCUUACAAAUAUAGCCUGUUAGCGCACAGGCACGGUAGCCCUUCCGCUGGGGGUGUUGCUCUGCGGGCGUAAACAGCAUCGAAAACGGAUUACAGAGUGGUGGCCACAACCGGGUACUGUCAGCGCCCAUUCGCACAAGGAAGGUAACUUUAUGCUGCUCCCCAAAUGGGACACAAAGUGGUCGUGUUUGACAUCUCUGUUGUCAGAGCCUUAUGGGAAACUCGUGUCAAGAAGCACAAAGCAUGGCAGAAGAAGGAGGCAGAAAGGCUGGAGAAAAGCGCCCUGGAGAAGUACAUUUUGGAUAAAGGAGGAGUGGGACUUUGUGGCGGAGUGCAGGAGGAAGGGCGUGCCCCAGGCUGAGUACUGCAAGAAUGGCUUCGUGGACACCAGCACAAGGCUCCUGGAAAAGAUAGAGAGGAACUCUGUCUCCAGGCAGAGUGCGCGAGUCAAGGACAGAGACAAACGAAGGAGUCCAUUUGUGUUUGAACUUUCAGGGACACAGUGGAAGGAGCUGCCUGAUUCGCUGAAGGAGCAGACACACCUCAAAGAAUGGUACAUUCACAGUACCCUCAUUCAGAUCAUUCCCACGUACAUCGAGCUGUUUCAAGCCAUGAAAAUUUUGGAUUUGCCAAAAAACCAAAUCACGUGUCUUCCAGCUGAAAUUGGUCGCUUAAAGAACCUGAAAGAACUCAAUGUGAGUUUCAACCAUUUGAAGAGUAUUCCCCCGGAGCUAGGAGACUGUGAGAAUCUAGAGAGACUGGACUGUUCUGGGAAUCUGGACCUGAUGGAUCUCCCCUUUGAAUUAAGUAAUUUGAAGCAAGUUACAUUUGUGGAUAUCUCCGCAAACAAGUUCUCCAGCGUUCCUAUCUGUGUCCUGCGGAUGUGUCGUCUGCAGUGGCUGGAUAUCAGCAGCAACAAUCUGAGUGACCUGCCACAAGAUAUAGACAGGCUGGAAGAGCUACAAGGUUUCCUGCUGUAUAAAAACAAGCUGACCUACCUUCCUCAAGCCAUGCUCAACCUCAAAAAGCUCACCUUGCUGGUUGUCAGUGGGGAUCACCUGGUGGAGUUCCCCACCGCCCUCUGCGAUGCCUCCACGCCUUUGAAAUUUGUAAGCCUUGUGGACAAUCCCAUUGAUAAGACCGGAUGUCAAGACACUGAAGACACAGUAGAGAGCGAGCAGGACCGCCAGCAUUUUGAUAAGGAAUUUAUGAAAGCAUAUAUUGAAGACCUUAAAGAAAGAGAAGCUGUUCCCAGUUAUACCACCAAAGUGUCAUUUAGUCUUCAGCUUUGAUUCGGUUCACCAGAAGAUGACAAAAUCUUACUGCCCUGUGCUCUAAAUCUUUGAAUAUGUGUUACCUAUCUCUUAUUGGAAUCACGGCUUGGGCUAAGGACAGAGUCAAGAGACUACUACCACCAUUACUGUUAGGAAAAAUAACAUUCAAAUUAUUGAUAAACUUGCUUAUAUAUUAAUGUUAGCAGACGAAUGCACAUACUUGUCCUAAAUACUGCAUAUUUAAUAUUUUAGGAAACACAUCACUUAAAAAUUACAACAUUUAAAAAAAUUACAACAUACAGAACAAGUUUUGAAAUUGGAUGCAUUAUGUUCAGGAAUCAAGGGCUAGAGGGUUGUGGAUGAAAUGGAGAAUAUACCACCUUGAAAAUGUUUCAGUA